AUGGAGAGAUUACAGCAACUUUCUUUGCACGCUACCGCUAGCGUUCAACCCCCAGUGGCCCCUCCACAUCCAUUGGAUCCACUUACCACACAGGAGAUCAAGGCUGCCUCGCAGGUAGUUCGCAGCCAUUACAAAGGUAAGUCAUUGGUCUUCAAUACGGUUACUCUCAGGGAGCCAAUUAAAAGGGCUUACUAUGAUUGGAAAGAGAAAGGUGGACCAAAGCCUCCAAGAUUGGUGUACUUUGUUGUUACCGAGAAUGACCAUAUUGGGGUUCAUGAAGGUGUCGUUGAUUUACCCUCUUUGGAGGUGGUGGAGUCCAAGGCUACUUCUGGUGUUCAGCCAAUUUUGACUCCACAAGAUCUUCAGAACACCGAGGAUAUUGUGAGAAACGAUCCUCGUGUUAUCGAGCAAUGUGUGAUUCUGGGUAUUCCAAAGGAGGAUAUGAAAAACGUGUAUUGUGAUGCAUGGACUAUCGGUUACGACGAGAGAUGGGGUUCUGCUAAGAGACUUCAACAGGCAUUAAUGUACUGGAGAUCUGAUGAAGAUGACUCUCACUACUCCCAUCCCUUGGAUUUCUGUCCAAUUGUCGAUAUGAGCGAGGGAAAGGUGGUUUAUAUUGACAUUCCUGGAAGAAGAAGAAAGGUUUCUAAGCAUAAGCAUUCUUCUUUCCACCCAAAGCACAUUUCUGAAAAGUUUGGUACUAAAGAGAACCCAUCGGGUUUCAGAGAUGAUGCUAAGCCAAUUAAUAUUACCCAGCCUGAGGGCGUGUCCUUUGCUAUGGAAGGCAAUGUCAUGAACUGGUCCAACUUCAACUUCCACAUUGGUUUCAACUACAGAGAAGGUAUUGUUCUUUCUGACAUGAACUACAACGACCGUGGUAAUUUAAGACCACUCUUCCACAGAAUUUCCUUGUCUGAAAUGAUUGUUCCUUACGGCUGCCCGGAUUUCCCUCACCAAAGAAAGCAUGCCUUGGAUAUUGGCGAGUACGGUGCUGGUAACUGUACAAACCCUCUUUCCCUUGGUUGUGAUUGUAAGGGUGUUAUCCAUUAUUUGGAUGCUCAUUUUACUGACAAAGAGGGUGAGCCUUUGACUAUCAAGAACGCUGUUUGCAUUCACGAGGAGGACGAUGGAAUCUUAUUCAAACACUCUGACUUCAGAGAUGACUUCCAGACUACUGUCGUCACCAGAGGUAAGCGUUUGAUUAUCUCUCAGAUCUUUACUGCUGCUAACUACGAAUACUGCUUGUACUGGAUUCUUAGACAAGACGGAACGAUCAAACUUGAGAUCAGGUUGACUGGUAUUCUCAACACUUUUGUUUGUGGCGAAGAUGAAAGUCCAGGACCAUGGGGAACUGUUGUUUACCCUCAAGUCAAUGCCCAUAAUCACCAGCACUUGUUUUCCUUAAGAUUGGAUCCUCGUAUUGAUGGUGAUAACAACUCGGCUGCUACCUCUGACUCUGUUUCUGGCCCUGGUGCAACUGGCUCACCAGAAAAUGCUUAUGGUAACGCCUUCUGUGCCGAUAAAUCCACCUUCAAGACUGUUGGCGACUCACUCACUCAACCAUCUACCGCCAGAACAUGGGACAUUUUCAACCCAUCGAAGAUCAACAAAUAUUCUGGCAAGCCUUCGUCUUACAAGUUGGUUUCGACAUUCACGCCUCCACUUUUGGCUAAGGAUGGCUCUUUGGUGAAAAAGAGAGCACCAUGGGCAGCUUGGGCUACACAGGUUAUUCCAUACAAGGAUGAGGGUUUCGGUUACGGACGUCUUUAUCCAUCAGGCGAUCAUGUUGCCCAAUGGUCUGGAGACGGAUCUAGAGGUAUGAGAGAAUGGAUUGGUGAUGGGAAGGAUAACGUCGAGAACACCGAUAUCCUCUUCUUCCACACUUUUGGUAUCACUCAUUUCCCUGCGCCAGAAGAUUUCCCGGUUAUGCCAACCGAGAUUUUUGAUCUUAUGUUGCGCCCAAGACACUUUUUCACUGAAAACCCUUGUCUCGACGUAAAGCCAUCCUAUGCCAGGACUACCAAGGAAGUCAAGGCAGGCGAGAAAGGCACAGACGAUUGCACAUUUGACGUCGACAAGACAUCCCAAUUGGCCUUCACAAAGACCUCUGGCUCUUGUUGCGGUAAGUAA